GCUCAGAACAUGGCAUCACAAUCCACGAAAAGAAGAGACUUUGGUAAAAUGUUACAGGGGCGAGAAAGAAAGUUCUCAGAGCAGAAUAGGAGCGGGUGCUGGUCGUCGUGUUGGUUGGGUAUGAACUCAAGUAACUCAAGUGUAAACAGUGAGUUAGUCCACAGUCGGUGAAAGUGCGCCGGGAUGAAAGGACUUUCUCUCUUCUCUGGGAAAGUGCACUGCUCAUGCAUUGUUGUCCUCCUCCGAUCGUAAUCAUCAUCGCUUGCUGUGCUGUUGGUGAAUCCUGUACGAAAAUCCAACGUGGGAGAAUGCAGCGGAAUUCUCCUACUUUGCAAAACAUAAAUAUUUCGGAUAACUUUGGACAAAAAUUCUUUGACUUUCUCCCCCCCCCCACCCAAAAAAGUCGACGUGGUGGCCUGAAUUGAUUGCAGUUAUCUUUAUGGGAUAAGAGAAGACCACCCCAGCAAAUAAUACGGAAUCGCGAUGAUAUCUACUACCCACUUUUUUGCAGCUGGAACAAGAAAAAAGAAGCCAACGAAAUAAUAAAAUGAAGAGCAAAACAGCACAUUCCAUAAUAACAGUUGAGAUAUGAUAUUCUUGAUGGGAAGCAUGACACCGCCAGCACAAGCAGUCGUCCUCGUCCUCGUUUGGUGUAGCAUCAACGAGACACAAUUGCGUUUUGUGUCGUCUCCUCCUUCUGCUCGUCGCUUUCGCUAAGAAAGAAAGGACUGUUGGGGAGCCAGAGUGUCAUGACAUUGAGUGGUAUGGUGUCAGGAGCACAUUACUUUCUCCAGUGAAGUGACUACAGUUCCCAUCAUAUUUUCCUACUUUGCCUCAACAAUCUUCUACUCACCCUUAAAGAGUUUAAGAUCACUACUAGAGACUUAGUUGGGAGGAGGGUCUGGCUUGGUGAAAGUAUAUAAUCGUAAUCGUGUCGUGAAGCAUGGUGGUGGAGAAAGCGAGCGAGUGAAGAAAUGAAGUGAAAGCACAUGAUUUCAAUUUACUUCACCCCAGAGCAAGUUUAGCUUAAUGAGGAUGUACAGGAAGAAACGCAAUUGAGAAUUCCCUCCCACUUAUUUCCACGAGGAUCAAACCACGACGGGAGAAAGUUGGUUUUGCCUUGGCUUUCUUCACGGAAUGAAAGACUUUCUUCUUCAUUCUUCUUCUUCCUCCUCGUCUCGUCGGGUUCUUCUUCAAGGUUUAUAUAAUUUAUCAAGUAAUCAAGUCUGUCUCAUUGUGAAGAAGUGUUAAGAUUGUUAAGGCAAAUGGAGUGGCAGCAGAAGAGGUGGUCGUGUGGUUAUGUUCGUCUCACAAUUUUCUAAUUUCAGCCCGAUGUAAAAUCUCCCCAGAGAAUUGGGAGUUAUUUACGUACGUACGUCAGUGAAAUUCGGGUUGAUUUGAUGCAAUCCAAUUGAAAGGGUGGAUAAUUACGGGAUAAUUACAAGACUAUUGUAACAGUGAUCUUGACCGUUCUACUUUAUGCGCUGCAUUAUUGAAGGAACCACUCUGCUGUGAAAACGGUAUUAGCAAAUCCUAUAGAAGUGUAUCUGUUUACGUAUUUACGUAUUAGCCGAAUUCUUACGUCAUCGGACUCACAUCAAAGAAUGUGUUGAUGUGGCGGCCUUAUCUCUGUAAUGAAUCAACGGCUCGUCCAUUUGAAUCGGUGCAGCAAGAAGCCUCCACCGCCACGAGUGAGCCGACUAGAAGAAGAAGAACUGAAAAGGGGGCGUCUUCGGGGUGGACAUGGUCCCGAACAUUGUUCCCAUCGUCUCAUUAUUCCUCCUAUACGUCAUCCCAUCACCACCACGGCCAGACCACUUUAUGCCAGUACAUUUAUCAGGCUCAAACUCCGACUUGAUCUCGACUUUCACCGCAGCAGCAGCAACCACCAUCGCCACAAGAUUCUACUCCUCCACCUCCUCGUGUUUGCUUGUGUCUGUGAUAACGGCCAUAUUUGUGUCCAUCCUUUCUCCCGUGGUGGCUUCAGCUUCUUCGCAGAAAUGGAGUCCGAGGCAUGUGGACACGAAGAUGGGAGUGGUGCAGGGCUACAUUGUUUAUCCAAAUGGAUUUGACGGGGUUGAAGUGUUACUGAACUUGCCGUACGCUUCACCUCCGCUCGGAAAUUUAAGAUUUAUGCCACCUGUAAGCGGGUCGCCGUGGUCGGGUGUUCGGAGGAGUGAAAAACCCGCCCCUGUUUGCCCCCAAGUCCUGCCAGAUAUUAGGAAUGAGUCCGACGCGCUUAAAAGUAUGCCUCGUGGGCGACUUAUCCAGCUCCAGAGGCUGCUCCCUCAUCUCAAAAACCAGAGUGAAGAUUGUCUCUAUCUUAACCUUUAUGUCCCUUUGAAGGUUGCGGAAGGCAGAAUUCAGGAAAAAUUGCCAAUUUUAGUAUUCGUCCAUGGAGAAGAUUAUGGCUGGGGUGCCGGACAUCCGUAUGAUCCGUCGAUGCUGGUCAGCUAUGGAAAUAUCAUUGUGGUUACGCUAAACUACAGACUUGGGAUAUUAGGAUGGUUAAACGCGAAUUCCGACAGUCACUUCAGACUCCCCUAUAACUUUGCGUUGCUGGACCAAAUUGCCGCGUUACAGUGGAUCCAGGAAAACGUCGCGCUGUUCGGUGGUGACCGGUUUAACGUAACUUUGAUGGGACAUGGGAAAGGUGCCGUGCUGGUGAAUUGGCUCAUGAUAUCGAGUGCCGUGCCCACAGGUCUUUUAUUCCACCGAGUAAUUCUCAGUUCUGGAUCGGCAUCUUCCCCCUUGGCAUCCGAUCUUUCUAAUGGACCCGAACUCAGCAAACGCUUCGCACAAAGGGUUCGGUGUCCCCCUGAACCUUCCUCGACAAUGUUGGAGUGCCUGAGAGAAGUGCCUGUGCGACAGUUUCUUGACUCUGAGUUAUGGAGCUUAUUUGGACCAACUGGAGACGGGAUCGUGGUGAAGAAUGAGGUUCCUUCGGACAAUCUAAUAAUGAACAAGGCAUCUCAUUAUCCCCUUCUGUUCGGCGUGGUGAAAGUGGAAGCCCUGCCCAGUCUGAGCAAUCACGAUGCGUCCUACGGAAUGGAAAACGAGCGGAGACGAGAACUUCUUAGGUUGUUCAUUAACAAGUAUUACAGGUUUCAUCGUAACGAAAUUCUCGCGGGUGCAAUUCACGAGUAUACAGACUGGGAGAAACCGGUUCAACAUCCGCAAAAUGUCCGUGAAGAAACUCUUGACGCUUUGGGCGACGCUCAAGUGGUCGCCCCCAUGACCAAAGUGGGUGACUUGCACUCACAAUCUUCCCGAAGUCGAGCUUACGCCUAUGUGUUUGAGUACCAGUCCAAAUCCUCGGAUUACCAACAGCGACUUGGCUGCAUACAUGGAGAAGAUCUCGGAUAUGUGUUCGGAGUACCGCUCUUCUUUUACGACUAUGACUCUGCUGACUCGUCCGGGAUGAUGAGGACUGACAUUAGCGGUGGUGGUGAUUAUGUAGCUGCACCGAUAGACGCGUCCUCGGAGAAAGUUAAGGCUGCCACCAGUGGAGACGAGAAGCCAGGCGAGUUGGGCUACUUCACGGGGAACUAUACCUGGUACGAGGUCCAACUUUCACUCACGGUUAUGAGACUUUGGGCGAAUUUUGUACGGGUCGGAAAUCCAAACGGGGAUUUGAAGUCCCAGAUGAGAUCUCAAAUAAAAGGAGGAAGUCGAACCGCCCAACAGACGCCGUUAGGGAACGUGGAAACCGGAACCGGAGGCAGUCACCGCAACUUUGGUGGUGGUGGCGGCGGUAUCAGCCCCGGUGGACAUGUCCACGAUGUUGUCGGAGGCGAAGGCGGUGGUGAGGCUGACUUUUCAGGAGGUGGAGGCCCACCAGACAAUCGAUCAGGUCACAAGAAGAAGCACCAAGGAAGCAGUAUGACCGACCAGCAGUUGCCUGAGCCCAUCGCGGUGGAGUGGCUUCAGUACGACUCCCUUGACAAAAAGUACCUCGUUCUAGAUCUGCGUCCAAGGAUGAAAUCUCAUUAUAGAUCGCACAAAUUGUCCUUCUGGCUUCACUUGGUGCCAGACUACCAGAAGAAUGAGGAAGGCACCCUCAUCACGAGUAUGCACCACGGCCUAAUUUUCUCCAACGUGAGCAGCAAACUCCAUAACGAUCCUCACCAACCCGCCGCUAACAACAACAACAAUGAUCCGGUGCAAAGUUCUGGGGAGAAUUUAUCAAAAGUAUCUGUGAUCCCGACCGUGUUCGCUUCCGGAUUGUAUGAUUUGUCGCAGGGAAGUCAGAGCAGCAGCAGCAAUGUUGCUCACCACCAAACUCGACCUCAUAACUCAUCCAGCCCUAACACACCAAAAUUAUCACCGGAGCUUCCCCGAGGACGUAUUGAUCACCAACAAGAUCCAAAGGAACAACAAGAUUCAGGAGAGACUCAGAUUUCAAGCAGUGAUGACGAGGAGGCGUCGACAUUCGGAUUUCAAACUUAUUCCACCGCUCUGUCCGUGACAAUAGCCAUCGGCGUCUCCCUCCUCAUCCUCAACAUCUUGAUUGUCGCCACAUUUUAUAUCGAGAGGGGGAAACGUCUUAAUGCGCUAAACCGAUCCCACCCGUCAAACUCAGGAGGAGGAUCAACCUCCCUGAUGACGACGACCUCCCAUCCCCACUUGGAACACCCCCUCCUCGUCCUCCAGCAGAAAAAGAGAGAUCAAAGUUUACUACCAAGCACGACGAGCAGCCCGAGGCUUCCGCAGACAUCAUCAUCAUUGGGAAUGCGAUCUGCCACCUCGACUCUGAGAAGUUUAAAACGUCGCAAAGAAAAUGGCGGGGUGGGUUUCGAGCUCGGCCUGCAAACGACUUUCUCCUCCUGUUAUGUCGACAUGGAUAUGGAGCAGAGGCCCACUUUCGAGUCAUCCUUUCCUCGUAAUGAACAUCGUUGCGGCGGGAGUGGUGGCGGUGGCGGUGGUUGUAUUGGUGGCACAUCAGGUGCAUUUGGUGAUUUGCAUUUACCCUCAUCCUACGAGACAGGAGAUGAUGAUGACGACGACGAGGAAAGACGAGGUCGACCCGCAGCAACAUCUGCACCAACAGGGGAAAGAGAGCCUGGAAAUUAUGGAAAUCAUCCUAUUAAAAGAUACUCCGACUGUGGUGGUGGUGGUGGAGAUAGGACGUGCACCAUCAUGAGUAGGAAUCGUUCACGAAGGGCUAUUAAUGAACUUGGGAUGUCAAUCGAUAUGUCAGAGAGUGACACAUGAUAAUUCUCACGAUUUAAGAACAUUGUACAAUUGGAAAAAUAAAUUUAUUUGUUAAAAUGAUGCAUUUUAAGCUUA